UACAAGGACGGAAGUACGGGGUCAGCUCACAGGAAGUUCUUCAUUGGGGCACUAUGGCGGCUAGUAAUGUGGAGAGAGGAGCGGGGAGUAAGGGAUGGGUUCGUGGAAUGUAUCGCUUUAUCACCGACAAAAAUGACUUUCGCCGGAAUCUCCUCGUGAACCUCGGGCUGUUUGCCGCUGGUGUCUGGAUGGCUAGAAACAUGGCUGACAUCGACUUGAUGGCUCCGCAACCGGCCGUAUAGAGGACGAGCGAUUGCAGGUUAUAGACCCUGAUUCCUUUUGCAAUUCCAUGGGUAUCAAGAAAUGCCUUUGUGCAUGGGCUGCCGGGAUGGCAAUGGUGAGAUGGACUGGUUGUGCUUCUGGCAAAGUGGAACAUCGGUGAAGACUUUGUCAUAUGUUUCAAUUUUUUUUUUUUUUUU